AUGGGUGCGGACGACAAGAAGGACCAACAACUCUCGGAGAAUGACGGCUUCACAGACUUCGCCAAAAAAGAUCCAAGCUCAAAAAACAAGAAGAACCAAGACUCCAACCUGAAGAUUACCAUUCAUCUGGAUCUGGUCGCCGAAGUCGAUAUCAAGAUCAAGGCACAGCUAUAUGGUGAUAUUGUGAUUGGUUUGCUUUGA